AUGAUAGAUUAAGAAAAGAAAUAAAUAGUUUUAAAAAUAGAAUAGACUCACAUGGAAAAGGAGUUGAAAUAAGAUAUUGAAACUAAUUACAGACAAACAGACGAUUUUAAAAGAUAAAUUAGUGAAUUGAAUGAUAAUAAUUCAUUGCUUGAGUAAAAAUUAACUGAUCAUGAAGCAGAAUUAAGUUUAGCAAAAUAAUCUCAUUAUUCCUAUUUAAAAACAUUAAGUAUUAAAAAAUCCGUUCAUUGGCAAGGUAAUGUUAAAAUAAAUUAGAAGAACUGGCUAAAACAAAAGACAUUAUGA